AUGAAAGCCUUGUCCAUGGCUGCCUUCGCUUCCACUCUUGCCGCUCCGACUCUCACAACACCAGUUUCGGAAAACCAUAACACCCUCACAAAGAGGAGCGACUUUACUUUCAUGCUGGCCUAUGGAAGUUCAGGGAGUUGUGCAAAUAAGGGCCAGAUCAACAUCGGCACACUGAACUCCUGCCACACCGUCAGCUCUUUCACUGGCUUCGAACUAGUUUCCCGCGGGUCCAAGGUCGGGGGUAACUGCAUCCAGCUCUUCUCAGGACAAGGGUGUACUGGGGAAAACUUUGGAUUCGGCACGCUUGGGUCUUUGCCUCUGGGCGAGUGUGUUUUUGGCGCAGGUGGUGCAACUGCCACCAGUAUCUUUUAUGGGGACUGCUGA